GUCCAGUUUGCUAUAUCAAUUGCGACAGUUUGGUCUGCUGGGUAUUUUAAAUUUGACACUUCAAAAGUAACUGUGUUCACUAUUUGCUGGUAGAUUUUUACUCUACUAAAGCACUAUAAUUUAAAAGCCUCUGGUUUCGCUCGGCUACAAAACACGCUGGCAUUUCGUAGUCGAUAAUUAUUGCCGUCUUUACUUUCAUAAGCUUUCAAAAAUAAUCCAAGAUAUGUAUGUACAUACAUAUGACAUACAUACAUACAUAUGUGCAUGCACAUUAAAGAGAUUAACAUACUUUUAUAAAAGCAUGUAAGCACCCGAAUAUUAUCAUAUAACAUAUCAUUCGUGUUUGAUUACUGACUGAAAGACUUUCUCAUAAAAAAUAAAUAAAAUGUUGGUUUCGAGAUUAUUCAUUAUUUUUUUGAUUGGCUUUGCUAAUGUUAACAUCCAAGCAAUAAAACGCAAAGAUUUUGAUUAUUCUGAGCUGUUGCAAAUGCUUUCGCUUUUGGAGGAUCAAUCAACACCUAGAAUUGUAAACAACCAAAACCAGAAGAACACGGCGAAAAACAGUUCACCGGUGGAACUUGGUAACUUAUUCCAAGCAGUGCAGGACAAAAAGGUGGAUGCUGUUACCUUUAAUAGGAUGUAUGGUGCAUUAAGGCAGCCCUUCCCGGUAUCGUACACGCAAACUGAAUCCAACAUUCAUCCACAGCUAAAAGAACCUAGUUUAUGUGUACCAGCAAUAUAUAACACGGCGAUGCGUUUUAACCCAGCUGAGCAUAGUCUAACUAAUAUAAAUAAGAUAAUUGCAAUCCAAAAGCUUGUACCGACUCCAGAAUCAACAUAUAGCAAUAUCCAAAAUGUGCAUGUUCAUCAUCAUUAUUUAAAUCUUAACAACAAUGAGAAUACCAUUGUAAAGCAGCAUAUGCAAUCCGGAGUGUUCCCAGAAAGUUCAAAGUAUCAAUCUGCCACAUUUAGGCCAAUCAUUAUGGCCCAUGACGUUUCUAGGCUCAACAACGAUUUGAAAUCAAAUCCAACAUAUAAUCAGGCUGAUAUAAUGAAGAGUUCAGAAUCAUUUCAAGAAAGCCCAAUUUGGCAAGAGCAUCGCAAAUCGUCUGCAAGCAGUGAAUAUACUUCAGAUGAGGCUAUGGAAAUCAAAACACAAGCUUCAACUAAAAAGAAUAACAAAGCUACAUCAUUGCAGCAGACCGAUGAAAAAGAAAUAAAUAUGUUAAACGCCAGUAAAAGUAACUUUUUGGAGAAUUCUACAUCCACUGUAACUCCUUUACAUAACGAAUAUACUGCAUAUGACGUACCAUUAAAUUAAGAACUUGUCAUGCUUAAAAUUUGUUAAUAAGGAAAACUAUAUUAAAUUUAAGCUGGCCUGUUUAGGGUCCAGCAGUGACAAGGUUUAAACAUACAAAAAACUAUUGACCACUGAUAAUAUAUAAAAUAAUUCCUAUAAUUCGCAGUCACAUUCAGGUCUUGUUCUUCUUUACUCGCUUUCAACUUGCAAGCAGCCUUGAGAUUUCUCAAAGUAAGGUCUUUUAACUAUUGAUCAGUGGUGUUAUCAACUACCACUUACCUUCUUAUAUAAAAUGUUUGAUUUUUUCUAUUAAUAAGGGUAUCAAUGCAUCGACGCGCCAAAUAGUUGUUGGUAUGUGUGUCUGCCAAGGCAAGGAAGAAUAUGUACUUAAGAAGGUUACUAUAUUCUGUUGCGCAUGUGACGUUACAGUCCAAGGAUUUUUUUUGUCAUUUCAAAUUAUUACCUAUGCCAAUAAAUUAUGUAUUAUAAAAGA